AUGUCAACCAACAAUUUAAACAGGUUAUCUAACGAAAAAAGUCCUUAUUUGUUGCAACAUGCCGAUAAUCCUGUCGACUGGUUUCCAUGGGGCGAAGAAGCCUUUCAGAAGGCCAAAGAGGAUAAUAAACUAAUUUUUUUGAGCGUGGGUUAUAGUACUUGCCAUUGGUGUCAUGUGAUGGCUCAUGAAUCAUUCGAGAAUGAGGCUAUAGCAAAGAUUAUGAACGAUAAUUUUGUGAAUGUUAAAGUCGACAGGGAGAUUCAGCCUGAUGUGGAUCGCAUGUAUAUGAUUUUCGUCCAAUCGUUAACCGGUGGUGGCGGAUGGCCGAUGUCCGUUUUUCUAACGCCCGAUCUAUAUCCCGUGUUUGGUGGCACUUACUUUCCUCCGGAGGAUCAACAUGGAAGACCUGGAUUCCCAUCGUUGCUUAAACGCAUGGCUUCAUUAUGGAAAGAACAAGGAGAAGCUUUAAAAAAAGCUGGAGUGGACACUAUUGAAAAAUUACGUGAAUUGACACUUCAAAAAUUUGAGGGUCAAAAUUCGCAAUUGAACAUGAAACUUGCGCAUAAUGUACAUCAAUAUUUCAUUAGUUCAUUUGAUUCUGAUGAAGGUGGUUUUGAUGGUGAACCGAAAUUCCCAACUCCAGUUCAAUUUCACUUUUUGUUUCGUCAUCAUUAUUAUAUACUAUCAGAACUUGGUAAAGCUGAAGAGAGAUUUGCUAUAAUGUCGAUUCAAGAAAUUAAAAAACGUGGACAUUCAUUAGGAAUCGAUUUUAAAGACUGUGAUAACGAAGCACAAUAUUUAAAUAAAUUACAAACUGUUGUGAAUAGUCGAAAGCAAGCUGCGAAAAAAGAUUUAGAUAUGGUGACAUUUACUCUGAAGAAAAUUGCCAUGGGAGGAAUUCAUGAUCAUAUCGGAAAUGGAUUCCAUCGAUAUUCCACCGAUAAAUAUUGGCACGUGCCUCAUUUCGAGAAGAUGCUUUAUGAUCAAGCUCAAUUAUUGAUGAGUUACGUUGAAGUAUAUUUACUCACCAAAGAUGAGUAUUAUGCUGAGGUGGUGCGUGAUAUCGUAACAUACGUUGAACGAGAUUUAAGGGACCACGAAGGAGGAGGAUUUUAUUCAGCUGAAGAUGCAGAUUCUUAUCCUCAUGAAGGAGCCAAGCAUAAAUUGGAGGGUGCCUUCGCUGUAUGGGAAGCAUCAGAAAUUAAGGAAAUUUUGGGAGAUAAGAAUUCGGAAAUAUUUUCGUAUCAUUUUGGAGUUGAACCUAAUGGAAAUGUUGAUCCCAGAAAAGAUAUUCAAGGCGAACUGAAGAAAAAAAACGUUUUGAUUGAGCGUCAUACUCCUAAAGAAACGGCCAAGAAAUUUGAAAUUUCGCUUGAUGAAGUAAAAGUUAUUCUUUCUGAAUCCAAAGAAAAACUUGCGAAAUAUCGAUUUGAUAAGAGGCCUAAACCUCAUCGAGAUGAUAAAAUUCUCACCUCUUGGAAUGGAUUGUUGAUUUCUGCUCUUGCACGGGCUUAUGAUGCGAUACGUGACGAAAAAUAUCGUGAAUUAGCUGAGGGCGCUGCAAGGUUUAUCAAAGAUCAAUUAUAUGACUCUGGCAAAAAUAGAUUGUUACGAAGCUUCAGAGAAGGACCUGGUGAAGUUGAAGGAUUUGUGGAUGAUUAUAGUAAUUUAAUUGAAGGUUUACUUGAUCUUUAUCAGUCAACCUUUAACGAAUCUUAUCUUGCAUGGGCAAUUGAUUUACAAGAUCAACAAAUUACGUUGUUUUAUGAUGAAGAAGGUGGAGGCGGUUUUUACAAUGUAGGAAAAAACAACAAAAACAUCUUGGUUAGAUUGAAAGACGAUCAUGAUGGAGCCGAGCCAUCAGCUAAUUCGGUUUCAGUUAGCAAUUUGCUUCGACUUGGUCAUAUUGUUGAUAAAGCAGAUUAUAAUGCUAAAGCCGAACAAACUUUGAAAUAUUUUGUUGAAAGGUUGGAGAAAGUCCCUUACGCUAUGCCAGCAAUGGCUGCGAGUUUGAUGUUAUAUUUGAAAGGAAUUAAACAGAUAAUUUUUGUUGGAUCGGAACAAGAAACAAUUGUUCAAAAGUAUAUUGAUAUAAUUAGAAAUAGGUUUAUGCCAAAUAAAUUUUUGCUUAAAGCAAAAGAAAAUGGGGAGGUAUUAAAUGAAAGGUGCGAAGUGAUCAAAAGUAUUUUGCAAGCAGAAAGUGCACCUUCAGUUCAUAUAUGUGAGAAUUUUACCUGUGGUAUGCCAAUUAGUGAUGUGCAUGAAUUGGAAGAAAAAUUAGUUGAAUCGUAA